CGUCGCCUUCGCUUUUCCCUUCUCUUAAGUCUUAACUCUCUCUCGCUCUCUCUCUCUCUCUCUCGCUCUCUCUGCCACCUUCGUCUUCGUCAUGAGUUCGAACGCGUAGAGGAACAACCAAUGGAGUCGCAGAAGGGUAAGCUUACCCGCACGCAGUCGUCCCUCCUCCGAUCCCCCAUCGUCCGAUCCUCCGUCCACAGCCUCUCCUCCGUCGCCGCCGCCGACGACGAGGAGGAGGAGAAGCCCCACCGCCCUUACCGCAGAAGCCCCUCGCGUAAUCUCCUCCUCCUGCCGAUUCCUUUUGCGCUCAUCCUCUUCCUCUUCCUUUACCUUCGCGACGACUGCCCGCUCUUCGCUGACGUCCUCCUCCUCUCCGCCUUCGCCACCGCCGCCUCCCUUGCCGCACGCCGAGCCGACCUCUUCCGUCGCGGCGCCACCGCUGUCCGAAGGGCCUCGUCCGUUGAAUGGUCCAUCGGCGGCGUGGAAAGGAAGGAGAAGCGGUCCGGCGGGCGGAUUGUCCGCGAGGGCGUCGAGUUCUACAGCAAUGGGGAUUACUACGAAGGCGAAUUUCAUAAGGGGCGGUGUAACGGCAGCGGUGUCUACAAUUUCUUUGGAAAGGGGCGGUACGAGGGCGACUGGGUCGAUGGGAAGUACGAUGGAUACGGUACCGAAAGCUGGGCGAGAGGCAGCCGCUACCGGGGGCACUACCGGCAAGGGCUUCGGCACGGCUACGGCGUGUAUAAGUUCUACAGCGGAGAUAGCUACGCCGGAGAGUGGGUCGGCGGGCAGAGCCACGGGGUGGGGGCUCAGACGUGCUCCGACGGGAGUAGCUUUUUCGGGGAGUUCAAGUGCGGGGUCAAGCACGGCCUCGGCUACUACCAUUUCAGGAAUGGUGACAAGUAUGCUGGUGAAUACUUUGCUGACAAGAUCCAUGGUUUUGGUGUUUACCAUUUUGCUAAUGGCCACUGCUAUGAGGGAUCAUGGCAUGAAGGCAAAAAGCAAGGUUAUGGAAUGUACACAUUUCGAAAUGGCGACACAAGGUGCGGCGAUUGGGAUGCUGGAAUUCUAAAGAUGCCCCUUUGUGCAUCAGAACCUUCUGUUCAGCAUGCUGUUCAGGCUGCUCAGAAGGCAGCAGAGAGCUCAAUCCUCGUUCCAAGGGUAGAUUCGCAAGUAAACAAAGCAGUGGCUGCUGCUAAUAGAGCAGCCACUGCUGCUCGAGUUGCUGCAAUAAAAGCCGUACAAAAUCGGAUCGAUGGCAAAUUUUGCGACAUCAAUGAGUGAGUUUGAUUGGCCAGUACAUUUUGCUAACCAAAUCCGACAGUUCACAAUCACAAAGAAAUAGGCAAGUAGUUGGCAAUUCUAACCUCAAUGUAUAUAACUCGUGCAUCUGAUUUAAGUACAAGUUUUCCAAGAAGCUUCAGAACUUCAUGUUCUUUUUUUUUUCUUGUCACUUCUUUAUAGGGCUCAAAAGUGUAAUCUAGUGGAGGAAAGGAUGACAAACCAUGCUGUUCUUGCGUUUGCACAUGGUAAAGCAGUAGCCUUGCUUUAUCAUCCUUUCCCAUUAUAUAUCUUCUCAGUUCAUUCUGAGAUUCUCUCAGUUUUGGAGUCCUAUACCUGCAUCUUUUCUAACACUUUGAUGUCAUAGCAUGUGUUGUCCCACCUGGUUUUUUUAAAUCUGCAAGUUUGAAUGCAUGAUUACCUCAUCUGAUUCAACCACUCCACCUGCUUCCCCUUUGUUCCCUGAGAAAAUGUGGUCCAGUUAUUACUGCCUGAGAUGUUUGAUCUUCCUGGCCUUGGUGGAUUUCUUGCCUGUGAUUUUCUUCUUUCUUUAUGUUACAUUUUCUUUUACUUUUCUUUUUGCUUUCUUGGUGUUGAUCAUUGCCCGUUGGCCAUAGGCCAUUGGCCAUGUUUAUAAUUCAAUGCAUCGGUUUAAAGAUCCUCUUGUAUCUUCCAAGUGAAGGAAGCUUAUUGAAUAUGGGCCCACAGUUGACCUUUUGGUAUUGACUUUUUGGCUUUCAAUUAAUUUUGAACAGUUGCAUCCACCUAACAAAGUGUGUGGUAUCUUAAUAUUUACUCGAAAUUAUAUGUUGAUGUUUAUUUUUAUGCUGAAA